AAACUUGUUUGUAUGUAAGUUAAUUCUAGUACAAAGUGUUUUUACUGUCAAAAUACGUGCUGCAUUGUUAUCUUUUUAAAUAUUUCGAAUAGCAACAGCUGUGAAUUAAGCUUGUGCGCUUUGUGCCAGGUAUAUUUAUCACGCAUUGACACAAUUUAAUACUGUACUAGUGUACUGUUUUUAAAACACUCUCGGUGGUUGGGCCACGUAGUAGCUCGGCCCAUUCUCUUAAAAAGUCCUCAUACAAAGAACUUUACGAAAUAUCUGUCCAGUGUUCGAGCGAAACGACAUCGUUUACCAUUUAUUUUCAACUUUCUAGAGACUAUGGAACGUGUGUGGAUACCUCCUAACUUGCCAUCAAAAUGCACAUGGCAUUUAGGUAGCGAAACUUCGGAUUCACCACAUUAUCAUGAAAGGUAUUGAUUUUUUUCAAUAAUAAUAAUAUACCCUAGUAGUUGCGUAUUUAAUAUUGAUUGUAUUGAAAGUGUGCAUUAAGUAUAAACCUUAUUUCCAUGUUUUAGGAAGGUUAAAACAAGUAAAAUUAUGUCUAAUAUCCUUGAAGGGAUUGGUGAUACUCCAUUAGUAAAAAUUAAUCGUAUUGGAAAAAGCUUGGGUUUGAAAUGCGAAAUUUGUAAGUACUGUAGAUAUUCUGGUAGUAAAUAACUCGUGGUUCAAAUCUUCCUGUUAAUACCUCCCCCCUCCCUCGGGCAACUCUUUGGGAUUUGCAGAUUUUGUAUUUCGAAACAGUGUCAUUCUGUCAAUUCCCUGUCCCCAGGGCAAACAAGGAAAACCAAUUCCCCAUCCCGGACAACAUUCAUAAACCUUUAAUAUUCCACACAAACAUGUUAUUAAUAUCCAAAUUUUACAAAUUUCGACCUUCACUAAGAGAUUGAACAAAGGGCCAUGUUACAGUGUUACACCAUAGGCUGCCCAAAAGUGCGUGUUGUAAUUUUUACCCUCGCGCAUGGCGCUCGGGCAUGCAUCUAGUCUACUCAGUUUAUUGUCAUAAUAAUAAACUGAGUAGACUCGAUGCAUGCCCGAGCGCCACUCGCGAGGUAAAAAUUACAACACGCACUUUUGGGUAUAGCCUAUGGUUAUACCAGGCAAUUUUUCUUGCAACUUGCAAUGCAAUCUCUGAUCAACACGUAUGUUUAUUAUAAGUAAACGCAUGCUUUGAGGGACAUUAGUGAUUAAUUAAAUGUCCCCGCAAAUCGAGGGAGGUUGAGUAAAAGUCCCGAGGGCAUAGCCCGAGGACUUUUACUAAACCUCCCGAGGUUUGCAGGGUCAUUUAAAUUAAUCACUAAUUUCCCUCAAAGCAUGCAUUUAGUUUGUAAAUACAUGGUAGCCGAGGGAAUCGCGUGUGGUGUGUUGCCUGUUUUGAAUGCUGUUUGAUUGUCUUAUUAUUGUGGGAUGAACACUUUUCAUAUAUACGCAUGCACAGAAACAUGCACAUCUCUGUGUGCUCAUUCUUUUCAGGCAUGUGCAUAAACCGAAUUUUCUCCCACAAUUGAAAUGUUCAAGAUUGCAGAAUAAAAACUAGCAAAGUGAUUGUUCGAAUGUGUACGGGACAGGGUGUUAGCCAGGAUUUCAAAAGUGGCCGUCCGAAAUAAUUUUGUGGGCGUGGCAACAUAUUUUUGUGGGUGUGGUCACCUGUUUUUGGGUGUGGCCGCAAUUUUUUGUUGUCAAGGAAUUGUGGUGCUUUAUUCGUUGAACCUUUUUAGUUUUAGAUGCACAUUUCCGUCAUUAAAUUUAGUAAAAGCACACGUAUGGUAUGAUCACUACUGUAACUGUAACAUGGCGCUCGAGCGAUAAAGCGAUUGCUGUUUUUUAAAAUAGAGGUUUCACAUUAUUCUCCUUGAUACUUCAUGCAAGAAUCAUCAAAAUGGCUACAAAGACAUUUCAAAAAAUAUUACAAAGCUUGUAGGUUGCUAUUUAAAGAAAAUAUUCCCUUAGGCCGUCCAUGGCCGUCCAUUAAAAUUUAGCCGUCCAAAUUCAGAAGUGGCCGUCCAUAGGACGGUCGGACGGCCACCUGGCUAACACCCUGGUGCGGGACGGUGUCGUCAGAUACUGUCCGUAGUUGUGCCCAACAACGGAUUUUCGAGGGGGGCGCACCCCCAAAUUUUGUUCCACCCCCCUCCCAGAGAAAUUGUGCACCCCCAACAAAAUUGUGCACCCCCUGUCCCUGCCAAAAUUUAAAUGCACUAAAUUAAACUACCGUUAAUUUUUUAAAAGUAAGAUAGAAAUAUUAAAAUUAACAUGUUUCUAUAUACACUUUUUUGCAGCAAAUUAACGUAAAAGUAAAACACACUUACAAAAAAUAAGUUCACAUGCUCAUCGGCACCACACGUUCUCACAUUCACAUCAGGGGCGGAUUCAGACAGGUUUGACAGGUUUACAUAAACCUGUCAGAUUUUCCAAAAAAAGAAAAUCUAUAACCUUCCAUGUAUAUAACUAUAAUUUAAAGAAUAUUCUGUUUCAUAAAAUUGAUGUUGUCUAAUCUAUUAUUGAAAUUUGAUUAUGGACUACUGAGCGUAUUUAGACCCACUGAUUAUUGCUUUGGCGAUUGAGAAUCAGGAAAUGAUUGCGAAUCUUUCACGCUCUUGCAGUUUGGUUUUUAGUUCAUCGUUAGAGUUGGAUUGAAAGCGUGUAGAUCUAAAUCGAUGUGUCAGCAAUUAGUGGAUAUCCUAUAUUUUUAACACUAUAGGUACUAGCUAAUAUGCUUCGGAAAAGGUUCAAUUCAUUGUUUGAGCUGCGUAUUAGUCAAAAAUUCACUUAAAAACAUGCAUUUUCUAAUCAUUAAAUUAAUUUUAAAAGUGACGCCAGAACGCAGGAAAUGCUGUUUGACAGCCCCAAAUUUAAAAAAUUUUCUGGGGGGGCAUGCCUCGGACCCACCUAUCAGUUGGAUGCUGGAGUGCUGGACAAAACUCCCCUGGCAGAGCCCUAUGCAGGGGGGGAGGGAGAUGGGAGGGAGUAUGGGCAACUGCCCCCAGAGAAAAUUCAACUUGUGAUUCGAAUAUAUAAUUUUGUGAAUCAGAAUGUAUCUAUUUUUUUAUCUAUUUAGCUUUGCCAACUAGAGCAGGGUCACCACAACAGCAUAUGCCAAUUACUGUGAGCCCUUUUACCUAACCCACCCUGUCGACUUUCCCUGUGGGAGGAAACCGGAGUACCCGGAGGAAACCCACAAUUUUCGGCAGAGCAUUGACUUUUACUCUUUUCACAUGAGGACUGGGUUCGUCAGUCGCAUUGAGAGAGUUCUCACUGAGGCUUGAACCUUGCUGCACACAGUGUGCGGAUAGUUUUCAUGAGGAUUUAACCUCUCGAGGCCUUGAGGAAAAUAGCUAUCGUGUUUGAUAUUUUUCGCCUCACGAGGAAAAAAUCUCUGCGGAUGUUAUGAGCUAAGUGCUGAGCUGUUUGAAUCAAUUAGCCAAUGACAAACCAUGGUUUCUUCAUGUGACUUGGAACAAAAUUCUAGUUAAAAAUAUUAUUGCCCAGCAAAUACUUUGUAAAAGGGACAUAUUCAAAAAACAUUUAUCUUGUUUAUACAGCUAUUUCAAUUAAGGUUGUUCCCCGAGCAAAGCGGAAAAGUCGAAUACGAUUGUGAAAAGCUGCUGGGAAUCGCUAAUAAAUUCAUUCAUUUAUUAACGAUUCCCAGCAGUUUGUAAUUGUAUAUAUUUUUUUUUAAUUUCUUAUCAAAUAGAUGAAAUAACUUAACUGUAUUUAGUCUGAUGAUGAUGUUUGUAAUGUGACGAAAUAUUACUCAAUAAAUAUUUUAUAUAUACCAAAUGUUUUUUGAAUAUAUGUCUCUUUUACAAAUUAUUUGCUUGGCAAUAAUAUUUUUAACUACUAAUUAAUAUUAUUAUACAACAUAUGCUUAUAGUAAUAUAACCUAGAACCUAAUAUGAAAUUUCAUAAGUUAAUUCUCACUAUUUCUAACUAUUUACUGUCCAUAAUCUCUCAGGCUUGCGAAUAGCCCUUCCUGAUCAAAUUCUAUAAACUGCUUCGGUUGUUGUAUUUUCCUGAGCACUCCUAUUCAUGCUUGUUUGGCGCGUAGAAAUAUCUGACAGUCCUGAUUCCUCUCUUACUUGUGCCUCUAAUACACGUCCCAAUACAGCAUGCUGGUCAUAGUAUUUUUUCUGUUUCUGUUGCUUCUCCACGAGCUGUGCUUAUGGACCUCGUCCCUUCGAUGAUCUCUGUUGGGUAUCCGCACAGGAAGAUUUCCCUGUACUCCUGUAGUUUACGGGACUUGGAGCGUUGCUGUCUGCUGGUGUAGUGCGAAUACAAAGAAAUGCCAUGUUGGGGGUCAUUCCCACUGGCCUUUCUUUACCAAGGGAAUGCUCAACAUUCUGUAUGAACCUUUCAACAAGACCAUUUGACUGGGGAUAGUGCGGCGAUGAUGUCACAUGUGAAAAGUUCCAUUUCUUUGCGAAUGCAGCGUACAGGAAGGAAGAACUAAAUUGAGAUACAUUAUCACUCACGACUUUCUGAGGAAUUCCUUGCUCUGAGAAUAGCGUCUUGGUUGCUUUGACAACAGCUUUUGCAGUACAAUGGACAGGCAUCUUCUCUAUAAAUGGAAACUUUGAAUAGUAUUCUACUAUGAUCAAAUAGUUAUCUCCCUCAAACUCGAACAAGUCUAUCCCCAGGGUUUGCCAUGGGCGGGUAAGAACUUAGUGAGGCAGUAAUGUCUCCCGUGUUUGUGACGCUCUGUACUGCUGACAGAUGGGGCAUUGCAUGUGCAGUUGUUGUCUCUUAAUGCAUGUCCUUACUUAUAUUGAUCCAAUAUACAGUCUCUCGAAGUUUGGAUUUGUCUACUCCUUGAUGACCUUCGUGGAGCUUGGAUAAUAUAGUUGGCGUUAGGCUUUGUGGGAUAGCUACUCAUGGUCCCUUUAGCACUAGAUCAUCCUCCACUGCUAACUCAUCUCUAAAUGGCCAAUAUUGCUGGAUCUGUUUGGGUACGGCUCUACUCUGACCACCCAACCACAGUCGUUUCCAUUAGCUGCUUUAAUUCUGUGUCUCGUCUAGUUUCCUGCCUUAUCUGGUCGAGUCAUUGCGGUGUAAAUUGGACAUGAUGGAUUUGAAGAUCUGAGUCUAUCGCAAUGCUAUCUGUACUUGGAGAACGCGAUAGACUGUCUGCCAACAGGAUUUCGUUUCCUGGUAAAUAUGUAAUCUUCACGUCAUACGUUUGUAGACAAAGUAACAUUCUUUGCAAACGCGGGAGAGCGGCUGUUAAUGGUUUCUGUUGGAUCAUUUCUAAUGGCUUGUGAUCCGACUCGAUGGUGAAAUGUUUCCCAUAGACAUAAUUAGUGUGGAAUCUUUCACACCCAAACACUACAGCCAGUAAUUCCCCUUCUAUGUUUGCAUAUCGUUGUUCCAUGUUGCUCAACGACUUUGACGCGAACGCUAUAAGAUAGUUGUUUUGGAGUAAAAGAGCACCAAGGUCGAUCCUCUGGAGGGAGCAUCAACUUGUGUGACUGCUUCGUCCUCUACAUUAAAGUACAUAAGGGUGGUUUUUUUACAAAUAAGUCGUUUAAUCUUCCGAAAAUUUUGCUCGUGCGAUUCUGACCACACGUAAUCAAUCCCAUUCUUAAGGAGGUUUCGUAAAUUUGCUGUAUGUUAUCCGCCAGUUUUGAGAUGAAUGGAGACAUGUAUGUGAGCAUUCCUAGGGGAACAUCUUUGCUUUAUGUCCUUCACUUUGGCUGUGUCUGGAUUGUCGCCGUCUUUGUCAUACAUCAUACCGAUCAUACCAAAGAAUUUAAUACGUGGAAUCUUGAGAUCACACUUCUCGCUGUUAAACACCACCACGUUCGCCACCUCCAUUAUGUUGUGCAGAUUCCAAUCGUGCUCCGCCUCCGUUUUCCCACACACCACGAUAUCAUCGGCUAUGCUGACUGUCCCAGUGUCAAGCGAAAUUCCUGACCUCUGCGAAAUACCUGACCAAGCCUCAAGGACACUUUUCAAGGAUCUGAUCCAUUCUAUGUUGGAAAACAUCUUGACUCACCACCAACCCAAAUGGCAUUCUUAGGAAACAGUAUCUUCGGAAUGGGCUGUUAAAAGUUGUCAGUCUGGAGCUUUCCUCGUCUAGUACCGCUGACCAAUACCAUAGAUAUCUUAUAUACACUAGAUAGCGCAUCUCUUUUAUUAAAAUUGAAGCCAAGAAUAUUCCAGCGGUUACCCCCAUUUGAAUAGAUGGCGGCCAUGUUGGUCGUUCCCACUUGCUAAUAAACGCUUAAAAACAACAAUAACUUUCAUUAUUUGAAUACUUUAAAAACGUAUUUGGAAUAGGGUUAACUUAAUGUUUAAGUUCCCUGUUUAAGAAAUAGAAAACAUACGAAUCUUCUCAUUUCAUGGGAACGACCUGAGACUGCAAUCACGGCUUCAAUUUUGAAUUGCAGAAUAAUUAGAUGCACUAUCUAGUGUAUAUAAGAUAUCUAUGACCAAUACCCAUUUUGGGCGUCUAUUAAAAUAUCUCGAUCCUGCAAAUUUUUCAAAGUCUGGGUUUUGUGAUGACAUCGUUUUAUAACUUUGUUCAGAUCUUUUGGGUCCAGACAUAUACACGCAACUUUCCGUUCUUUCGUCUUGAAAUGACUAUCCUGCUUACCCAAUCUGUCGGCUCCGUAUCUUCUUUAUAACGCCUUUUUGUUUUAUGUCAUCUAACUCUUGUUUUAGCCCAUCUUUCAAAUGUAUGGGACACUUGCGCGGUGCGUGUAUGACUGGGUGACUUUCUUUUUCCAGGACAAUAUAUGGUGUACUCGCCAGGGAAGUUUCCCAUUUUAUCGAAUUUCUCCGGAUAUGCUGCCAUUGAAUCAUCUACAGUAUUAAUGAACACAUCUGCUAUUGUCUUUUGGCUUCGACAUUCCGUGCGUUGAUUCUGUUGGACGGGACUCUCUAUCUUCACUUCGUAUCCACACUUUUGCUACACUUUACUCUAACGUAGGUGUAAGCUUCAUCACGUGACUUUGAAUGAGAAUCGCCACCCGCGCUGAUAUCUGAUAUCUUGGUGGUAUUUAUUGUCAUUUCCUCGAAUAGGUCAUCGUCAUCAGUAUCUUCCUUUCUAAUAUCAUGUACAUCUCGUCGUUCGUUGUUUUUUCGGCGGGGAUGCUUCGAGAGACUUUUGGAACCAAACCGGUCUUUUGUUGGUCCAUUUGCCAAUUUUGAUCUACACAUCUUCUCCCAGUGAUUUCGUUUCUUGCACCGAUGACACGUUCUACCAAACGCUGGGCAUUUAUCUCUCGGAGACUUUGAAUGGAGCCUUCGGCAACUACCGCAGGUUUCUUCUCUUCAAACUUCGUAUAGCGAAGUUCGCGCUGUACUUGUGCCAAUUCUUUCAUGUGCAAAAGGAUGGCUUCGUGCGUCUUUCCAAGUUUAAUUCCUUUGACCAAGUUCAACGAUUUAUCCAUUGCUAAGAGCUGUUUUUAUAAUUCAUUGUGAUCGUACGUUCCAGCAAUGAACUGUUCUAUCAAAUUCUUCAAAUUCUUUCUCAUCGCGCAGGUUGCACUUGAAGGCUUCAACCUCGAGACAUACUCGUCGACACUUUCAUUUUCUUGCUGACGAAAUGUUUGUAAAUAAAGCCGCGCUACUCUAAAGUUUUCUCUGGACUGAAUAUACGAAAUGAAUUUGUUCCAGACAACUUCUGGGUUUUUUCAUUCCGCCUCGCCCAAUCCCCAUUAGUUAAACAUUCUAAUGCCAUUAGCGCCGGUAAAUAAUAAGAUAUGGUCUACUUGUUUCUCUUUUUUUACCUCUUUAACGGAGAAAUAUAGCUCGCAUUGUUGUUUGAAUAGUUUUAUAGCGCUGCCUUAAUUUGAAUUAGCCCAAUCCAUGCGGGGUGUAAUAGACUCCGAUAUUUUAUCGGCCGAUUUACUCUAUCGUCAGUUAUUUCCCUUUUCUCAAUUCAAGGAUAGGUGUAUCGCAUAUAUUUUAGUUCAAGACGCUUGUGUUCACUGAUGCAUGCGUAUUAUUGUCUGCCAAAUUUCGCAACCCAAAGUACAUAUAUUUGUUGUUUGUUUCUUCUUUACGGCUUUAUUACUUAUAUUACUGUGGCUAUACUACAACAUUUGUUUCAAGGAUACUGUAAGGAUACGUUUGAACUUGAUAUUUCUAACUUCUGCUGUAUGAAUUUUUUCCUGUGUGUAUGCCUCUAUAUUCUUGUCUUCUCCGCGGUAGACUUUCCCGGGGAAUUCGUUCUGCUUUGUUGAGGCCACUGCUCGGGUUUCUUGGCUUAUUUUACCACUGCCACCAUGCAUGUAAAAGAUUUUAAUAAAGAUGCUUACAACAUGAAUGUCUAGAUACAAGUGAAUAUAAUUGCAUGCAGUAGAAUCCUAAAUCCUAGACUAAUUAUGUACAUAAUUACACAUAUAUUACAUCACAAUAGGCUUUGUCAAUCCCAAGACAUUUUUCCACUUGUUCUUCUGAACUUUUGGAAAUCCUCCUUUCAUCCAUUUUCCUCCUUUCUUUCAUUUCCCUCCUUUUAUUCUUCACAUCCAAUUGUCCACCCUUCAUUAUAACUAUUUUGUGUUUUUGUAUGAAAUGUUGAUGCAUAAUAGUCAGAUAAAAUAUAUAUAAGAUGAAACUCAGGCCAAAUAUUAACAUCUUGUAACUCAAGAUUCAAGCUAUGGACAGUCCAAAUUAGACUUUAGUUUCCCGUCCUCCGCCCGCGUCUCCUAGAACUAGCCGCAUAAUUUGUCCAUUAUUGCAACCUUAUAAUUGUUUCCAUUGUUUGACCUUUAUGACUAAGGAUCGACAGUUCUCAAGUAAUCUAUCUGAAAUAAAAUUGUUUAAUUAAACUUUUUUGCUACAUUUUGAUUUUUAAACGUAAAAAAAUGAUAAGGAUAAAUAUCUUAAAUUAAUUCAUUUCUGCGUACAGGCUUAAAUUAAUUUCUGCAUACAAAAAAUCCAAAACAUUGCUUAGAAAUGUGCCUGAAUAGAUAUUUAAAACGCGUAUCUAUUUCAUGGAAUGGGUCGUGUCAGAUUCUUUCAGACACCAUAAUGGAUAAUGGAAAUGGACCACCCACCCGCGUGUAAUUUGAAAUAAGGACAGGAAACUAAAGUCUAAUUUGGAGUGGCCUAUAUACAAGACUACAAAAUUCAAGGUAUAUAAUAUUUUGACUUUAUUUCAAAGUCAUUGUCAAACCUAUUUGCAAGCUUGCUGAGAUCUUUAAAACAGGAAGGUGACAUAAUCAGCUGAGAAGUGAAUUACAAGUCAAAUGACUGGCAACCAUAAAAAGUGCAAUUUUGAAACACUUGUCGCAAAAUUUGGUGUCUUUCUUCAACAAAUUGACCUGCAUAGAUUUAUUUCUCAUUCGACACACAAACGUUUUGAUUUUUACAAGUUUUAUGUCACAUAUAUAGAUACAUUACAAUUUGUUCAUUACAUUGAUCUCUCAGUCUCGAUCAAUCUGAUUUGUUCUGCUCUCUAAUUCAGUGAGUUCUCUGUUCAUUCUCAGUUUAUUAUGACCCAAAAACUGUUCGGACCAGUUUUAUAUAGUUUCGCUCAAGAAACCACAAUUUACAUUACACAAGUUAGAUAAAAUACAACUACAAUAACAUUAGUAACAUUUCUUGGCUACAGCACUUUUGGCUGCAGCACAACUUAACUAAAACUAUUACAAUUUCCGACGUAAUAAUGAUCUAUAUAUAUGCAUGCAUGCAUGGCAUGUGUGCAACUUAUGAUAAUCUAUGGACAUAAUACAGACAUAAAGGACAUAUAGUAUACAUAAUUAUACAUUCCAACAAAGUAAAAUUUAUGAAAACAACCAAUUGACCGCAAGAAUUGAAAACAACCAAUUGACUGCAAUUGAACACUUGACAGACUGUGAAUACGCGGCGCCAAUUAUACCUACUUGACAUUAAUUAACAAUCUUUAUCAUGAAACUGGCACCUCUUACUCCUACUAGCUGUGCCAUGCAAAACGGCACAAAAAUUCAACAUUUUCUUUAAUAUGUACACCAAAAUCCUAAUCUCUUGUUGCUUCUUGAAGCACUACAUAUUAAGUCCAUACUUAAUAGCAGCUUGAAAGCAUUGAAAGAACUCAUGGUUUUUCCAUAAAUAAUAAGUGUAAUAAUUAUUGUGAAUAUAAUCUAUUUGUUAUUCUCUCACUUCUCAGCUGAUUAUGUCAACAAAGGUCUCUGUCAGCAUGUUGGUAAAUAUUUAGGUUAACUUGAUAAUGACUUUGAAAUAAAAUCGAAAUAUUAUAUACCUUGAAUUUCGUUGUCUUAAAUAGCUCAAAUCUUGAGUUUACAACUAAGAUGUUAAUUUGGAGUCAGUGCACAUGUUUUGACAUCUUAUAUUAGGCAAAAUUGUCUGCUGGUAAAGGAUUAUCAAAAAAUAUGUGCAGUUGAUCUUUUAUUGCCUGCAUGGAUGUGAGUGAGAUUCAGUGAAAUAUUUAUAGCCCGGUGAUGUGAGUGAGAUUCAGUGAAAUAUUUAUAGUUUGAGCAAAGCCGGCAAAGGAAAAAAUACUGCACGAGAGUAGUAUUUCAGCAGGUCUAUUGACACUGUAAAUAAUGUGUUAUAUAAUAUUGAAAAUAUUUAAAACCUAGCAAAAACAUUGCUAAACUUCCACAUUUGCCUCAGCUGUCUAAAUAACACUUUUUGUGGCAAAUGCGCGCUGAUGCGCCCUACUUUAUUAUUUCACUCUGUCUAACACUAGACAAUUUUACGUGUCAAAGGGGAGAUCGAGUGAUGUCAGUCAAUGGGUUAACUUUGUCCAAUAUCUAUUUUUUUCCCUCUCAGUCAUUAAGAACUAGGGUAAAUUGUUAGUCUAUGUUAUAAAGUAACCCAUAAAUCAGUAAUCAUGCAUGUGCAUCAAACAUGAACCAACAAUAGAAUAAUUCAGUAUUACUUACUAAGAAUAACGGAACUAAUAAUGCAUUCCGAAAUACGUUCCAAAGCUUUACAAACGCGCGUUGGACCGGAGAUGGAACGGGUUCCCCAAUUUUGUGUCAAAACACUCUCUCGUUUUGGAAAAUUCCAACACGUGAUAACUUGACCGGUUUGACAGAAAGGAACGUAUUAAAAGGAAGCCGUAUAUAUGGAUGCGUUCCUGGUGAAUUUUCUGUAAGGUUCUUUCAGAUGUUUAACAUUUUGUGAAUCAUAUAAUUUGUUUCAACAAUUCUUUUCCCAUUUCUUGAGUGUUAUGAAGUGGCUCAUUAUGCUUACAGCAGACAGGAUUUCUAGUCAAAGGGUGAAGGGGUGCCCAAAAAAUCCCAGGAGGGGCUGCAUAAUAUAGUACAAUGAACGUUAGGGGGAUCCAGGGGGUUAAGAUUCCACGAAAAAUUUUUUUAAAAUCUAGAGUCGGUAGAAUGCUAUUUUCAGCAUUUUGGCGGCUAUCUUAUCGUCUUUUGGUGAUUUUAAAUAAUCAAUUAACACAUAAUAAAUCUACUUAAUCACAAACCAAUCAAAAGCAUAUAAAACAUAGCAAGCUAUAAAAUUUACAUUACAAUAAAUGAACGUAUAAUGCAAAUGCUUUGUACUGGUCAGAAAUCUUCCAAGGGAGGCCCACAAUUUAGAUAGCCCAAUUCCAAAUCCUGGCGAAGAUCUUUGAAACCUGUUCAUUAAACAUGUAUACGAUUCUGUUUGCAGUGGUGAAAUGUGAAUAUUUUAACUCUGGCGGUUCUGUCAAAGAUAGAAUUGGACUGCGGAUGGUUGAAGAUGCUGAGAGAAAAGGAAUAUUGAAACCUGGAACUACAUUGAUUGAACCCACAUCUGGGAAUACAGGUAUUCUAUUAAGGUUAUGCAAUAAGCAUGGCCAGUAAAAAUCCUCAACUGCACUAAUUAAGAUAACCAAAAAUGUUUCCCCGUUGACCGUUGUAUGAUUUUAAAUUCGUUUGGUAUGAAUAUUUUAUUUUAACUAUAUGCAAUAUCGAGGGUCCUGAGGAUUCCUAUAAAUCCCGAAUCCCGCACGUUGCCCUUAAAUUUUUUUCCUGGUUCGCGAAUUCCCAGAUUCCAGUUUAUUCUUUUUUUGUUUUGAAAUCUAAUUUAUAAUAAACUGAGGAUUUUCAUCAGACAUCGUUCUAAAUAUUGUCAGCCGGAAAAGAUUGACAAAUACUCGACGUUUCGAGCGAGGUAGACUGAUAAACACUCGACGUUUCGUUGAGAGAGGUAGACAUUCACGGUUUCCUUGAUGUACCAGAGCUGAAUGUGACAAUGUGAAAAAAUUAUUUUUCAUUCUCAGGUAUUGGUCUUGCCCUGGCUGCAGCAGUCAAAGGAUAUCGUUGUAUCAUAGUUAUGCCGGAGAAAAUGAGUCGAGAAAAGGCAAGUAUUUUUUAUUUUAGAAAAUGUGUAGUAGACUAAUAUGUUUUCAUAAUUUACGUUUUUACUGUCCUCUCUAUAAGCUACUGUACCUUACAUAAUACAACUACAAGACAGAGUAAUGUUUUAUGAGUCAGAUAAAUUUGAUGCAGUAAAUUAUAAUGGCUGUAUUCUUUUCAACAUGUUAAAUAGUUACAGAAAAAUCACUCACAAAUAACCAACGCACAAACAAUUUAAAUGUUAUUCAUUGUAUAUCAAAUUUAUUCUUAGGUUGAUGUUCUUAGAGCAUUGGGAGCAGAAAUUGUAAGGACACCGUCUCUGGCAGGAUAUGAUGCACCAGGUGCAAUGUUGUUUUUUUUUAGAUUUAAUCAUUGUCCAUGUUUACUUUUUGCAAUGGUUUACUUUUUGCAAACUUUUUGCGAGAAGAACAACUGAGAAUGUUGGCACGUCAUACUUAAACAUUUAGUUUACAAAAGUUAAUGCAAUAAUUUUAUGGCAGUAUCAUUCAAAUGAUUAGAGCGUAUCUAAUUUUAUACAUUCUGUUCAGAAUCGCACAUUGGUGUAGCACAAAGAUUGAACAAAGAAAUUGCUGACUCUUUAAUUCUGGAUCAGGUAUUAUAUAUGUUUCUUUCUGUUUUUGAAUCUCCACGAAAAACAUAUCGAUUAAUUGUUAUUAAAUAUAUUAAAACACAUUUUAGUACCGCAAUGCAGGAAAUCCUUUGGCUCACUAUGAUUCGACAGCUGAAGAAAUACUGGAUCAGUGUGAUGGUAAAAUUGAUACUGCUGAGUUGCCACUGUAUAUGGUUGCAUCACCUGUUAUCAAAAAGUGUCUCCUUAUCAGCUGAAGGGAUGACAUCAUCUCCAGAUUAUGCUAUUGUGAUAGAUAGGAUUGGUCAGGUGACCCCACUUAUGUACAAAUUAGCUAUGUACAAAUUAGCUAUGUACAAAUUAGCUAUGUACAAAUUAGCUAUGUACAAAUUAGCUAUGUACACAGUAGCUAUGUACAAAUUUAAAGAGCACCUCAAUAUUAUUAAAACUGCAUAGUUCCAGAUUAAAAAAUCACCCAUUCCCAUAAAGACAAUUUUGAAAUUUAAACUGAAUGCCAUUUCUUCCAUAAUACAUAUUACAAGGUGAAACUUUGCGAUUUUACUAAUAUUGAGGAGUUCUUUUCAUUUCUGUGGUUUAUUUUGAUACAGCUACUCGUUCUCAGGAAAAUGGGUUAAUGGGGUCAUGUGACCAAUUCAUGCAAAAGGUCUAUUCAAAGCAUGAUUCAUAUCAAUAUCACGCUUCUAAUCAACGUCUUUGACCAUAGCGAUUGUGGUGGGUUCAUUUUGUUUUGUUUUGUUCUUCUACAGGUAAAUUAGAUAUGGUUGUUAUUGGUGCUGGAACUGGUGGAACAGUGACUGGAAUUGCUCGUAAGAUCAAAGAAAAAUCACCAAACUGCAAGGUACUUGCUUCAACCUUUGGGUCUUUUUGCAUGUUAUUUCGGCAUUAUUUUUUUUUUAAUUUCCUUUUGUGAAAAGGAAUAAAAAUUGACCGGUUUUAUAACGUGAAAUUAAACAUUUACUAUAUGUGAACAAAAUUUGGUACCACUGUUGACGGUUGGCUUUAUUUAUAAGUUGCUGUUGAAUUCUAAUUGAAUUUAGUUUUUUUGUUCACUCGUUUGUUCGUUCAUUUGUUUAUUUGAUUGUGUACAUAUUUAUUUUGUCAGAACUCAGUCGCAAUCAUCGUUUUUCCAUUCAUUCUAUUAAUCCUUGCGCACUAAUAUUGUAGAUAAUCGGAGUUGAUCCGUAUGGUUCUGUGUUGGCGGAACCAAGUGAAUUAAAUGAAACUGAUGUUACCCUCUAUCAGGUAUAUGAAAUUGUUGAAAUUAUUAAUGGUAUUUCUUCUAAUUUGGCGAAAAGAAGGUACAACGUAAUUAUUGUUGGCAUGUUAAUGCAGAAUAAAAAAUAAGUGAAGAAAUACUGCAAGAUCAGGUUUUAGUUAGCUUAUUAUAUAUUUUUGGAUCUCUUUUUAAGUCGCAGUGCAAUGCAUAAGCUACAUUCAUCUUUUUCACCCACUUCUGUUACUGUAUAUCUAUUUUGUUGCAAAAGAAUGGAUACUGGGACACUGCAUGCAACACAUUUUUAUUCUACGUUUCGACUAACUUUUUCGACUUUCUACGCUUUGACUAUUUGUUUUGCAUUAUAUUUUUAUGCAUUAUAAAAAGGAAGUGGUUAUUUGUCCAGUUACAGAAACCAACGAGCUUGGGCUAUUUUGUCCGUGAAUUAAUUUGACUGGUUCAUUUCUUCGUUCUGUCACCUUGCUAAAAUGACAUCAAGUAAAUUUCAUUGAUCUCAAGCAAAUCUUCGGCAGACGAGUAGUUAAGGCACUCGCCUUGUACGCGCUAGCUCCGUGGAUCGAUCAGUUAGGGUUAGAGGUUAGGAAAUUAAUUCACGGACAAACAGCCAAAGCUCGUUGGUUUCCGUGACCGAACAAAUAGCAACUUUCUUAUAUAAAAUUAUUCAGUGGCAACCGUAACUUUUGCUCAAAAUACUGUGCAUUGUUAGGUUGAAGGCAUUGGUUAUGACUUUAUACCGACUGUAUUGGACAGAUCACUGGUGGAUAAAUGGGUUAAAACGGAAGAUAAAGAAUCAUUUCUAAUGGCAAGGAGACUUAUAAGAGAGGAAGGAUUGCUUUGUGGUAAGACAAACACAAAAACACUUAAACUGUAAUAUUUGUUUCUGUCAGGGAUGGUCGUAGUCUCCCUCGCAGAUGUUCUUAUAGCUAGAAAUCUAACCCUCGCUAACUAACGUCUGCUGAAACGAGCUGCACAUUCCAUUCCCUCCGAACGACCAAUCAUAGCGAACCUUCUAUAUUUCGGAAAAUGAUUUACGGGCGGCGGAAUAAAUAGUACAUAAAUAUUUUUAUAUUUUGAAAGCAGUCGUCGGUUGAAUUUUGGUCAAAAUUGCACAUAAAUUGAAUUUAAAGACAUUGAUACUUGUCCAGGAAAUAAAAUGCGCCAUUAAUUAUCAGAUUCGGAUAUUAAAUAUGUUCGGUUAUAUUUAAAACGUGGACAGGAUAAUACAUACUGUAUUAAUCUAGUGGCGACAGCAUCAAAUGCAGAAUAUAUUUCGCUGAAAUUUGAACUUUUGACAGAUAUAUAUCUUUAAAAGACAACAGAACUCAGAAGACAGAAAAUUUGAUAUAAUACUGUGGCUUAGAAAGCGAAAUAUUAGUUUCAAAGUAAACUAAUUUGCUGUUUGAGCAACGACUUCUGACUUUUGAAUGUAAACACAACACAAAUAAAACCCGAGAAACUUUUAAUUGCGCCGAUAUGAAUUUCCAGUUCGCCCAAACUUCGAAACGUUUAUACAAUCAUGUAACUUCGCUAUACUUUUCUACAUGCAACGAGAGCUUUAAUUUUUUUAGAAUUUUUCGUCGAAACCAUGGCAUAUCGGAAGAAUUUAAUAGCAACAUUUGGACAUAUCCUGAUCUACUGGUUCUCGAGUUUCCCCGAUUGCUUGUUUGUCAUUGUUAACAAAUUUUAAAAUGUCGCCUGUUGCAUAGCUUUUGCCUUUUAUAUACGCCGGUUGUUUGCAGAACAUGCGAGAAGAUGAUCACAAUAUUCUACGUAAACAUCGUGAAGUUCAAGGCUAUAGUUUCCAAAAAAUCUCCACGCAAGUAAACAAAUUUCAACCCAAACAAUAUAUUCCCAUGUGCAAGGGAAAUCCCCAGUAGCUAAACCCUCCAUAAGGCGGCUUCCAAUUGGCUCUAACUCUUUUGAACACUGCCAGAUGAUUGGCUCCUAAAACAAAGGGAAUGGAAUGUGCAGCUCGUUUCAGCAGACGUUAGUUAGCGAGGGUUAGAGCUAUAAGAACGUUUGCGAGGGAGACUAGGAUGGUCGUGGUGAGGGGUCCAAUGGAGUGUCUAGACAUGCUGCAUAAUGGGGGUGUGGAUGGAUUACAGGUGAUGACAGACGACCAUUUUCGUUCCGCUCCCUGCCGUUUUCCCCAUCCGAGGUCACCUUGUUGUUGUGCGCGGUCAAAGUAACUCGUAUCAACUAUGUAUCAAAGUAGCUGGCGAUUUAUCAGCAAUUUAUUAAAUAUAUAACAGUUCAAGAGCAAUACUUUUGGUACGUCUUGACCUAAAACUUUAAAAAUACACUUGGACUCCACAGAGUUGCCUGCGGAGGAGGCCAGUUCCAAGAGCUGGUGGUAGAGAUGCGCCAUCGGCCAUCUUAGAUUAAACUUGGGUAUUUUUGGCAUUUCUAGUUAUUGUACUAAGUGGCGGACACUUAGCGAAAUAUUAAUUAGGGGGCGAAUUAGGUUGCCAACAUAUAACGACCUUUUGCAACUGGAAAUCUCAGUUCUUUAUACAAAGAACUUAUCUUUAUACUUUGUUUUAAAUUUUAUACUUUUGCCGCAAUAUUUAGCUUAAUGUAUAUAGUCUAUCAAUGCUUUCUUGGUUGAAAAAUUAUUGUUAAGCCUUGUUACACAGUUUCUCCGCUAUCAUUCAAAAGCUUUCAGAAAUUUUUGGGGCAGUUCCCCAGCCCCUUCCCCUAGUGUCCGCCACUAAUUGUACUCCCGACGAUCUAGUCCCGCUAUGCAAAUAUUGCCAUGUUUAUAAACUAUCAACACAAUAAAUUUCUAAAGAAAUGAAUAAUGAUAAUGAGUUGAAAUUUGCAUGGCGGGACUAAAUUGAUUGUACUGAAGAAAGAUGUUUAUAUUCAGGUGGAUCAAGUGGAACAGCAAUGGUUGCAGCUAUGAAAGCUGCUAAAGAUCUUGAGGAAGGUCAACGCUGUGUUGUUAUCUUACCUGACUCGGUCAGAAAUUAUAUGUAAGUAUAACAAUAGU